UGCUGCGAAGUUGCGGCGGCGCGUUUAGUUCGGUUCUUAUAAAAUCGUUAUUAUUUAAUUAUAGUUAAUAAUUGUAAGCAAUCUAAAGAAAGUGAAGAGCAGAAGACAUAUGAAUAUACAUUAUAAGUUCUGGUUAAACGAUAAAACCUUGAAAGUGCAACUGCAACGGGGGUGCAGAAGUGAAAAAUUCCAGGAAUCCUACGUUGCGCCUGUUGCUCUCUUUUCUUUUUUGCGUGUGUGUGCGGGUGUCUGCACGUCUGUGUAAGCGUCUCAGCUGUGCCUGCGAUAUUAUUUUGUUUAUAAAGUUUUUUUUCGCAGUAUGCAAAUGCUGAACAAGCCGGUCGGUUGAAUUUUCGUAUUUACUCUCGACGCCGCGCAAACGAAAGUGAUUUGUUGUUGUUACUUACUCGGUCUUCCUCCAAUUGGAGAAUUGUGAUUUGUUGUUAGUAAAGUGUGUUGGUGUUGUUGUUAUGCGGUCGGGUCAUUGCUUCAAAUUGCUCAAUCAACGGCACUUGUGACACUAUUUCUUGUCAAGAUGUUGGGCACAAAGCAGCGAAAUUCACAUGUCAAUGGCAGCAUCAAGUCAGCAUCAUCGCACCGAUCGAGCAGCAAAUCCUUUCAGGCAAAAAUGGAUAGAAUGUCUGAAAGACUGUUUGACGUUGUGAAAAGCGGGUCGAUGGUCAAAAGGGCCCAAAACAAGAAACGAUUUACCCCAGUAAAUUAUAAACAUCGAUGGUUUGAGUUGACCAAGCGAACUUUCUGCUAUUUCGAUGUGGAAAAUGUGGAGCGGAGACGAGAACGCGGUCGCAUUCAUUUGAAGGGCGUUCGCCUGGUGGAGGAGGCGACGGUCAGCGGCGAGGGCGGCGAUCCCUUUGCACCGGAUGGUUAUCCGUUCCAAGUGGGCUACUGUGAGAUCUCUUCGUCGGCGAAUUCGCAGCAGUUGGAGAACGGAGGCGGGGGCGGAAUCGAGGGCCAGCAGAGUGGACGAGCGGUGCCACAGUACACACUCUACGUGAUCGCCAACAGCGAAAAGGAGCGCACCGAGUGGAUCCGCGCCAUCCGCCAAGUUUGCGAAGAUAGCAAUACGCCAAAAUCGUAUCGCUACCAUCCAGGAUUGUGGUCUGGAAAGAAGUGGAGUUGCUGCAAGGUAUUAUCUCGGACCACCUUUGGUUGCAGAGCUGCCGCACAUUGGCGUGAGGCCAACAAUAACCCAAGCAACGGCAGUUCUCCAGCCCAGAAUUCAACGCGCAGCAUCAGCCCCAACAGCUCCACGACCAACAGUCAGUUCAGCUUGCAGCACAACAGCUCGGGGAGUCUCGGCGGCGGAGUGGGCGGCGGAUUGGGAGGCGGUGGCAGCCUUGGCCUAGGCGGAGGAGGAGGUGGCGGCAGUUGCACGCCUACAUCGCUGCAGCCUCAGUCCUCGUUGACAACUUUCAAGCAAUCCCCAACUUUAUUGAACGGCAACGGAGCUCUAUUGGAUGCCAACAUGCCUGGCGGUAUACCCACCCCCGGAACACCGAAUUCCAAAGCCAAGGACAAUUCGCACUUUGUCAAAUUGGUGGUGGCCCUCUAUCCAUUCAAGGCCAUCGAGGGCGGCGACUUAUCGCUGGAAAAGAAUGCCGAAUACGAGGUUAUCGAUGACUCACAGGAGCACUGGUGGAAAGUCAAAGAUGCCGUAGGAAAUGUCGGCUACAUACCCAGCAACUAUGUCAAACCUAAGGCGCUGCUGGGCCUGGAGCGCUAUGAAUGGUAUGUGGGCGACAUGUCGCGACAGAGGGCUGAAUCCCUGCUAAAACAGGGCGACAAGGAGGGCUGCUUUGUGGUCCGCAAGUCAUCGACGAAGGGUCUCUACACACUAUCGCUGCAUACCAAAGUUCCACAGUCGCACGUGAAGCACUACCACAUCAAACAGAAUGCCCGCUGCGAGUAUUAUUUGAGCGAGAAGCAUUGCUGUGAAACUAUUCCGGAUCUGAUCAACUACCAUCGCCACAACUCUGGGGGAUUGGCCUGCCGACUCAAAUCCUCGCCCUGCGAUCGCCCCGUUCCACCGACGGCGGGAUUGUCCCACGACAAAUGGGAGAUCCAUCCGAUGGAGCUGAUGCUGAUGGAGGAGCUCGGAUCGGGACAGUUUGGUGUGGUGCGGCGCGGCAAGUGGCGUGGAUCGAUUGACACGGCAGUGAAAAUGAUGAAGGAGGGCACCAUGUCCGAGGAUGACUUUAUCGAGGAGGCCAAGGUGAUGACCAAGCUGCAGCACCCGAAUCUCGUGCAGCUUUAUGGCGUCUGCUCCAAGCACCGACCCAUCUACAUUGUCACCGAGUACAUGAAGCAUGGAUCCUUGUUGAAUUACUUGCGCCGGCAUGAGAAGACUCUGAUUGGCAACAUGGGUCUGCUGCUGGACAUGUGCAUACAGGUGAGCAAGGGCAUGACCUACCUGGAGCGCCACAACUACAUUCAUCGAGAUCUGGCUGCCCGCAACUGCCUUGUGGGCUCUGAGAAUGUCGUAAAAGUGGCCGACUUUGGAUUGGCCCGAUACGUUUUGGACGAUCAGUACACCAGCUCUGGUGGCACCAAGUUCCCCAUCAAAUGGGCGCCGCCCGAGGUACUCAACUAUACUCGCUUCUCGUCCAAGAGCGAUGUGUGGGCAUAUGGUGUGCUGAUGUGGGAGAUCUUCACCUGUGGCAAGAUGCCGUACGGUCGCCUAAAGAAUACCGAGGUUGUGGAGCGUGUGCAGCGCGGAAUUAUCCUAGAGAAACCAAAGUCGUGUGCCAAGGAGAUUUAUGAUGUCAUGAAGUUGUGUUGGUCACAUGGACCCGAGGAGCGUCCCGCAUUCCGUGUGCUCAUGGAUCAGCUGGCUCUUGUGGCCCAGACGCUGACCGACUAAGCAGCGGAGAAGAUUGCGGCACCCAUCGCAUGGUAUCAACACGCACUGAACACACUGAAGCAUCUUUAGAUAUUGAAGAACGUUAAAGGCAUUAUAAUUAGUUUACGGAUGCGGCGAGAAGAAUGAUAUAUUUAGAUUUAUACAUACAUGUAUAUGAACCAUAAGAUUUAAUUAAGCGCGAGCCAGUUUACAAUUACGGCACGAACCCCAUACGAUUAUGGCAUACUUGGAUUAUUUGAUAGAGCUAGAGCUGCGCGAAUGAUAUCAUUAUGUUUAUAAACGCGUUAACUGUUAGUCGGUGUAGAUACCAAGCGCAACAACUGACAGUCACAUAUAGCAACUAUAUUAAAAGAGAAAACGGAAAUGCAUUAAAGUAUAGAAAACUGUAGUUAAUAGUCAAAUUUUUGAUACAUUUCACAUACCGAAAGCAAAUUACAAAAUUAUAACGAUACAUGCAUAUGAUAUGAUAUUUAAAUGUGCUUUUUUAAAUAGCAAGCUACUGUGCUAAGUAAAAUAUAAUUAUCUCUAAAGAAUGAUAGAAACAAACAAACAAGAAAACUGAUUAAGCAUUAAAUACUAAAAUGUAAGCCUCAAGUCGAAAGCGAAAUGUUUGCACAACUGAUAAAGGAUGAAGGAACCGAAGGAUGAUAAUGGAAAAGUUCGCCAAGGAACAUAAACAAUUUUUAGACUAGAUUUUUACGUGCUUAGUUUAAGUUUUGUGAUUUAUUGUUUAAUUUUUGCAGACGAUUUCUAUUUUUAUUUAAUUUUGAUCUUGCGAUGACUUCUCCCACGCUCAAAGUAUGAAUCAAGUACGAUAUAAAUGCGAGAAAUUUAUACCAUAUGCUUUAUAUUUUAACUGAAUUCUUUCGUUUUUUUAUGCAUAUACUAUAUAAAGAUAUAUAGGUAUCUAUACACAUAUUUUACCGUAUUUUUAUGAAAGUUUUACUUAAUUAAUUUUAUAAUUUGAUUAAGCAACCAGAAAUACAAAAAAGAAAACGAAAAACAGAAAAUUAAAUAAAAUGUACGAUGAACAUUUA